GGCAAUCCUCGGCGCGCGCGCCCCCCGCAGCCGAGCGAGCAGCAGCAGCGGCAGUGGCACGCGCAUCUCGAUAGAGAGACGGUACGGCAUCUGCAGAGCUCGAGCCGCCUCUCACCGAAACCGGAAUAACCGCCAUGAGCCCCUGCCUUUUACCGGAGGGGCUGUAGAAACGGGACCGUGUUCUGCCGAAGGAGGACCGAGAACGGAACCAUGAAGCUGCUGCUGCUGCUGACGCUCCUGUGGCACGAGGCGUCCUGCGGAUCACCGAGCGUGCAGAUCGGUGGUUUAUUUCCCAGGGGUGCAGAUCAGGAGUACAGUGCGUUCAGAGUGGGCAUGGUUCAGUUUGGGAUGGCUGACUUCAGACUGACUCCACACAUCGAUAACCUGGAGGUGGCCAACAGCUUCGCCGUCACCAACUGCUUUUGUUCGCAGUUUUCUCGAGGCGUCUACGCCAUUUUUGGAUUCUACGAUAAAAAGUCAGUCAACACCAUCACGUCGUUCUGCGAAACCCUGCACGUGUCCUUCAUCACGCCGUCCUUCCCCGCAGAGGGAAUGAACCAGUUUGUUCUGCAGAUGAGGCCGGACAUCAAAGGACCGCUGGUGUCCUUAGUGGAGUACUACAAAUGGGAGAAGUUCGCAUAUCUGUACGACAGCGACAGAGGUCUGUCUACUCUUCAGGUCAUUCUGGACACUGCAGCAGAAAAGAAAUGGGUCGUCACAGCAAUAAAUGUAGGAAACCUGAAAGAUGAGAGGAAGGACGAAGCCUACCGCUCCCUGUUCCAGGACCUGGAAAUCCGAAAGGAGCGUCGCAUUAUCCUGGACUGUGAGCAGGACAAGGUCAAAGACAUCAUGGAACAGGUGAUCACCAUCGGCAGACACGUGAAAGGAUACCACUACAUUAUCGCCAACCUGGGUUUUGUCGAUGGUGACCUCUCUAAAAUCCAGUACGGAGGAGCAAAUGUGUCUGGGUUUCAGAUCGUGGAUUUUGAUGAUCCUGUGGUGGCGAAGUUUGACCAGCGUUGGGAGGCUCUGGGAAAGGAGUAUCCAGGAGCGGAUACACGGAUAAGAUACACUUCAGCUCUUACUUACGACGCUGUCCAUGUGAUGACGGAGGCGUUUCGCUUCCUGCACAAGCAGAGAAUAGACAUGAGUCGCCGUGGUAACAGUGGGGAUUGUCUGGCCAAUCCGGCGGUUCCCUGGGCCCAGGGGGUGGAGAUCGAACGGGCCCUCAAACAGGUGCGUGUCGAUGGUUUAACUGGAAAUAUUCAGUUUGACCAGUACGGGAAGAGAGUCAACUACUCAGUGACCGUCAUGGAGCUGAAAAACAACGGACCCGUAAAGAUCGGAUACUGGAAUGAAGUGGAUAAGAUGGUGGUGACCAAAUCGGACCUGUACCCCAACGACACCAUGGGAAUGGAAAACAAGACCGUCAUCGUUACAACUAUACUGGAAGCCCCGUAUGUGAUGCUGAAAAAGAAUGCAGAGUUGUUUCAAGACAACGACCGUUACGAAGGCUACUGUGUUGACUUGGCUGCUGAGAUCGCAAAGCAUUGUGGGAUACGCUACCAGCUGAAGAUCGUAGGAGACGGAAAAUAUGGAGCACGAGACGCAGAAACUAAAAUCUGGAACGGGAUGGUGGGAGAACUGGUGUAUGGGAAAGCAGAUAUUGCAGUCGCUCCUUUAACCAUUACACUCGUUCGUGAAGAGGUGAUCGACUUCUCCAAACCCUUCAUGUCUUUGGGCAUUUCCAUCAUGAUUAAAAAGCCGCAGAAAUCCAAACCAGGAGUCUUUUCUUUUCUGGACCCUCUGGCCUAUGAGAUCUGGAUGUGCAUCGUCUUCGCCUACAUCGGAGUCAGCGUUGUCCUGUUUUUGGUUUCCAGAUUCAGCCCUUAUGAAUGGACUCUAGAAGAACCAGAGGAUGGAGCUUUACCGCUGACCACUGAAUCCACCAAUGAGUUUGGGAUCUUCAACUCUCUGUGGUUCUCACUGGGGGCGUUCAUGAGGCAGGGCUGUGACAUCUCACCCAGGUCUCUGUCCGGUCGGAUCGUUGGAGGUGUGUGGUGGUUUUUUACCCUGAUCAUCAUCUCAUCCUACACUGCCAACUUGGCUGCGUUCCUGACGGUCGAGAGGAUGGUUUCUCCCAUUGAGAGCGCCGAAGACCUGGCCAAACAAACGGAAAUAGCAUAUGGAACCCUGGACUCAGGAUCCACCAAGGAAUUCUUCAGACGCUCUAAAAUUGCCUUAUUUGACAAGAUGUGGCAGUACAUGAAGUCGGCAGAACCCUCUGUGUUUGUCAAGAAGACGUCGGAGGGUGUGCUGCGCGUCAGGAAGUCCAAAGGGAAGUACGCCUACCUGCUGGAGUCCACCAUGAACGAAUACAUCGAGCAGAGAAAACCCUGCGACACCAUGAAAGUGGGCGGAAACCUGGACUCCAAAGGCUACGGCAUCGCCACGCCCAAAGGAUCCCCAUUAAGAAAUGCGGUGAACCUGGCGGUGUUAAAGUUGAACGAGCAGGGACUGCUGGACAAACUGAAAAACAAGUGGUGGUAUGACAAGGGAGAAUGCGGCAGCGGAGGAGGGGAGAGCAAGGAGAAGACCAGUGCUCUGUCUCUCAGUAACGUGGCUGGAGUCUUCUACAUCCUGGUUGGAGGUCUGGGUCUGGCCAUGAUGGUAGCGCUGGUGGAGUUCUGCUACAAAAGUCGUGCAGAGGCAAAAAAAAUGAAGAUGAAGUUCACAGAUGCCAUGCGCUCCAAAGCCCGUCUGUCCAUCACAGGAUCGACCAGUGAGAACGGCCGCGUCCCCGUGGCGUACCUCCGCCCAGGAUUACCCAUGAGCCUCAGCAUGACGGACCUGUCCUGACCACACUCCAGCCAGUGCCUUACAGCCAACUGACCACACCCCCUGUCCCCUCCCAUAACCAAUGGAAAUGCUCGCUCCCUUUGUCACAGACCGACACCGCCCCCUCUGGGUGACCCCACCCCCUGUUCUACGUCCAGUCGUCUGUUGGAGGUCUGCGGAGCCGCUGGUCUGGACAGACUGGACAGACGUGGCCCCCCCCACUUGGCUGUCAGGCUUCAAUCAGACCAGUCCAUGAAGGAUGGAAGCUGUCGACCAACCCCCAGACUCAGACUGGUCCACCACACAUCCAUGAAAACUAUGAAGCACAGUGAACAGUUUUCUAAUCUUAACACACGUCAGCGUUUGUAGAUUUUUGCCCUGCAGAUCCUUCUGUACAGAAGACCACAGUCAGCUGAAGUCAACGCAAUAAGAACAUUUGAACAGGAGAGUGAGGAUAAAGGGAACGCUAGGAACGAAAACGGACUAGAAAAAUCACAUCCAAUUAUAGUUAUUGUACAAACAGAUGAAGAAAAUGAUAUUAUUGUGCUAAUUGUUUCCUUUAAUUCUGCCUAAACUUCCCUCGUUAGUAGAGACAUUUAAAGAUCCCAGAGAUGCAUGGACUGGUGAGCACGCACACUAAAGCACUGGGACUUUACAGAAAACCCCUGUCGGAAGAACCGUUAUUUUACAAAAAUGCACAGGGAUGGGCAAGGAUGGGUUCCACUCAAAUGGGUUUU